AUGCUCGCUGAAGCCCUGCCGGGGCUAACAUUGCUACGAUCAUUGACACUCCCGAUACCCUGGUUCACCCCUGCCAUGGUCGACGCUGUGGCAUCUUGUAGUAGCCUGCAUGAAUUAUCUACAUCAACCUUGGCCGACGAGGGAGCCAACAUCGAGCUCUUUGAUUAUGACCAGUUGUACUCGCUGUCUCUCCCUUCCGGUGGGUUUCCGGCGAUCAGCAUUCUUUCCGUCGUUCUUCCAUUCCCCCGCGCAGCGAAGUUCAUUUCACAAGGCAGCCAUUUCAACACACUCACCCGCUUCGAGGCUCAAUCUCCCGAUAGUAUCGUAGAACCGCACGAAUACAAAGUAAUUUUAUCUGCGUUAUCAAAAUACUGUCCGAACCUAGAAACUAUCACCCUUUUCGCCACUGGACCACGAGGAGACGCGAGAGAAGACGAUGCCAUAACCUUUCGCGAAUUGUCAUCAAUAACGCAAUUCACAGCCCUUCAGUUGGUUUCUUUCCGCCAUAUAAUGCCGUUUCAACUUGUUACAAAGAACAUCGUCGCAAUCGCCCGAGCGUUGCCUAAUCUUACGACUCUGGUCUUGAAUCCGGAUCCCCACUUCCCCACAGCGUCGCCGCUUGCCGUGUCGGUGCUCUCGAUGCUUCGUGACCUCUGCCCCAACCUCGUAUCACUGGGCCUGUACGUAAACGCCGCCGAUGAACACAUACCGCCACCUCCUGCAAACGACGAUGAACACCGCCGAGCGCUUCCAGCAUCGGCGGAAUUUACGACCUUGAAGAGAUUCGCUAUCGGGUGGUCGUCCCUUUUGUCGCCAAUCUCGCUCGCGGUCUAUUUAAGUAGUGUUCUACCCGAUGACUGUGCGCUAGACCCUUCACUCAACGCAAAGCAUUGGGAUGAAGUUCGACGGCUUAUCCCUGUGUUCAAGCAAGUACGAGCUCAAGGAGUGCGGACAGGACGGAUCACUUGCGACCACUCUGACCGAGACCUAUACCAGUCAUCUAGAUCAAUAAGUGUAGCAACGUCGUCCAGUUCUGUUAUUAGACGUGUUGAUACUUCACCACAGCUUUGA